GCGGAAGUGAAAGUACUUGAAAGUACUUAUUUUCUUCCUAAACUGGUGAUUAACUCGUAAUAACAGCAUAUUAAAAAGACUUAAGGAACCGCCAAUAUGUCCGUCGGAAACCCGAAACAAACAAUAAUGAAUCCAACGGUUCCUUAUGCUGGUACCAUCCUGGGAGGACUUCAUCCAGGAGAGAUGGUGCUCAUCCAGGGCAGUGUUCCCACUGAUGCAGACAGAUUUCAGGUGGACCUGACCUGCGGGAGCAGCAUGAAGCCUCGGGCAGACGUGGCCUUUCACUUUAACCCUCGCUUCAAGCGCUCUCCCUACAUCACCUGUAACACACUGCAGAAGGAGCGCUGGGGCAAAGAGGAGACACACUACCUGAUGCCCUUCAGACACGGAGCUGCCUUCGAGAUCAUCAUACUCGUGCAGAAAGAUCUGUUCAAGGUGGCGGUGAAUGGUUCUCACCUGCUGGAGUACAGGCACAGGAUCGAGCUCAAGAAGGUGGACACACUGGCCAUAUCAGGCAAGGUUCAGAUUCAAGCCAUUGGGUUUAUUCCCAGUUCAGUGAGCAAGGUAACGGUUCAUCUAUUAAAUGUUUCAAACAGGUUAAGAACGAUACUGGAUUUGCAUUUAAAAUCAGUCAUGUCGGAGUCAGGUGACAUGAGUCUUCCAUUUAAGAGCAAACUUGUGAAAGGAUUGAGUCCAGGAGAUUCGAUUAUGGUGAAGGGGCAGAUCUCUGGUUCCCCAGAGAGUUUCGCUGUAAACCUGCGCAUCAGUAACUCGGAGGAUAUUGCUUUUCACUUAAACACUCGUUUCAAAACCGCUUCCAUCGUUAGAAACUCUUUCCUGUCUGGGUGUUGGGGGGAUCAGGAGACCUCCGUCCACAGCUUUCCAUUUUCACCCGGGCAAUACUUUGAGAUGAUCUUCCUGUGUGAGGCUCAGGAGUAUAAAGUGGCAGUAAACGGGUUCCAUCAGCUGAAUUACAAGCACCGUGCGCAGGAUCUGAGCUGUGUGGAUGUGAUCGAGAUUGUGGGAGAUCUAGAGCUUAAGGAUGUGAAGAUUUGGUGAGCAGCUCCAGCUUGAUGACCAUUCCCAACGCGUUUCCUCCAACCAAGUAUAUUCGAUCAACCCGAGACUCCUGCAGCUGCAAGCAAAUCUGAACUAUUUUAACUUACUCAAGUUAUCAUUUGAAUUUUUAGUCUGUUUUGUUUGACUGUUAUACCUCAGUUUAUUAUAAUAUUGAUAAGGUAUGAUUUGAAUGGCAUAGGUAGGCAGAAGUUACCCAUGAUGACUAAGAUAAACCCCAUUUGCAGAUUAUUAUUUGAGGAGAUCUGGAGAUGAUUUGAACCUGAGCCUCCAUGACUUCUUGUGUGGAACGAAAACUAAACAUGGUUGCAAUGGGUCAAAAUAGGCUGCAGACCCCGGACAUAACAGAUGGGACGGACAAAAAUACCAUCUGGCAGGAUGUUAAUGGAUGUGCAACAGUAAUUGUGCUGUCUGUCUAGCCAUUUGUUUUCCCAAUCAUCCCAAGCUAAUUCCAGGCAUUUGGAAAAUUACAUCUUGCAGCAGAUUCAAUUUGACACUUAGGGCAAAAACAGGGCUGAAAAACAUACCCAUCCAUAAACCAUCUCAACAAUGAGUAUAAUAACCUUAAAACAAUUCAAUGUCCUUUCUGCAUGAGAUGCAAUGUUUACAUCAGACAAGCAAAUGACUUGCUAAUGCAAGGCCUGCACCUUAUAGGAUUAUCAAAUCAAUAAUCACGUUCACCACUAAUGAUAAGCACUUUUUGGUUUGUUUAUAUUUAUAGGUAGCGACAGAACCAUGCAACAUUCCAGUAGACUUCUAGUUUUAAGAGUUAUCUGGUUUAAUUUGUGAUAUAUAUAUAUAUAUAUUAUUUGUGUUUUGUUCCUCUGAUGUCUGUUGAUCAAUGCAUUAAAAUGAGCAAUAUAUCAUUCA